CGGAGCUUCCCGGCCUCGGGGGAUGGGAUGGGGAGGGAGGGACCCAGGGGGGAGGGACCCGCGGAGGGACGCGACGGGGGCAGGAGCCAGCGCGUUAGAGACCUGGGCGAGGGAGACUCAGAGAGCGAGGCGCAGCGGGAAGGGGCGGCUGUGGAGGCCGAGGCACAACCCCGAGUACGGAGAGGCAGAGACGGAGAACGCCCCUGGCCAGAGACCACCCUCGGGGAAACCCCCAGUAGGGACAGGGACAGAGAGACGCCUCCGGGGCAGAAACCCUGGGAGGCAAAUAACCCCGGAGCUAUUUCCCCCGCCCCAGACGGAGAGCGCUGCCCAGAGUGGGACGAGGAUAGACGGUCAGGGGACAACGUCCACCAUGUGGCCUGGGAGACCCCGAAGCGACCCCGGGGGUGGCACGCGCCGUGUGUGGGCCAGGGCUACCUCUCCUUGGUUUGGGGCGAUGGGGACACGGGCCCGGCAGGGCCUCCUCCUCCUCCUCCUCCUCCUCCGCCCACUGCUGCCGCCACGCGGGACCUCCGCAGGGAGCCUGCAUAGCCCAGGUGAGUCCCAGCCCGGCGACUGGGCCGUGGUCACCACUCCCUCCACCUCCUCUGCUCCUAGGACCUGGGUCCCGAGGCUGGGGAGGGGACAGAGCAGGUGGCGGGAGCAGCUGAGCAGCCCAAGCCCUGCGGGCGCCGGGGACACUGGCUGGGGAGCGAAGCGGGAGUUGGCGUCGGCGGAUGAGGAUGCCGGGCGAGGGUCCAGACCUCCCCAGACCCCGCCGUCGCCGUGCAGGCCUGUCCGAGUGCUUCCAGGUGAAUGGCGCCGACUACCGCGGCCACCAGAACCGUACAGGCCCACGCGGGGCCGGCCGGCCCUGCCUCUUCUGGGACCAGACGCAGCAGCACAGCUACAGCAGCGCCAGCGACCCCCAGGGCCGCUGGGGGCUGGGCGCGCACAACUUCUGUCGCAACAGCUGAAGCCCUAAAAUCAGCCCUCAGGGCCCCUUUAAUGGCUUCCCACGGCCUGCUCAGAAGUCGACAUCCAGAAGCACGUGGAGCAAACCAGAAUUCGUGCGAGGACGGAGAGGAGCGCUCAAAUAACCUCCAACACACACGGGGCCAGUUUCCGAAUAGGCCGUGGGGCGCGGCCCGGGAUUCGUGGCUCUUGGGGCUGUGGGCUUCCGAUCACUUCUCCCCCUCUCGCAGGAACCCAGAUGGUGACGUGCAGCCAUGGUGCUACGUGGCCGAGACGGAGGAGGGCAUCUACUGGCGCUACUGCGACAUCCCCACGUGCCACAGUGAGUGGGCCCGGCUGGACGAGGGUGGGACCGCGCGGCUGCCCGAGGGAGUUGGCUUUCGGAGGCGUGUGACAGAGCCCGACUCCGCUGCCCCCUCAGUGCCCGGGUACCUGGGCUGCUUCGUGGACUCGGGGGCACCCCCGGCCCUCAGCGGCCCCAGUGGCACCUCAACCAAGCUCACGGUCCAGGUGUGCCUUCGCUUCUGCCGCAUGAAGGGCUACCAGCUGGCGGGCGUGGAGGCUGGCUACGCCUGUUUCUGUGGCUCUGAAAGCGACCUGGCCCGGGGACGCCCGGCCCCGGCCACCGACUGUGACCAGAUCUGCUUUGGCCACCCGGGCCAGCUGUGCGGCGGCGACGGGCGCCUGGGCAUCUACGAAGUGUCCGUGGGCUCCUGCCAGGGGAACUGGACCGCACCUCAGGGCGUCAUCUACUCCCCGGACUUCCCGGAUGAGUACGGGCCGGACCGGAACUGCAGCUGGGCGCUGGGCCCGCCGGGUGCCGCGCUGGAGCUCACCUUCCGCCUCUUCGAGCUGGCCGACCCGCGCGACCGGCUGGAGCUGCGCGACGCCGCCUCGGGCCGCCUGCUCCGCGCCUUCGACGGCGCCCGCCCGCCGCCGCCCGGGCCGCUGCGCCUGCGCGCUGCCUCGCUGCUGCUCACCUUCCGCAGCGACGCGCGCGGCCACGCGCAGGGCUUCGCGCUCACCUACCGCGGUGAGGCCCCGCCCGACCCCCCUCCGCCAGCUCCCCCGCCACCCUGCUUCACACCCCUCUCCGCAGGGCUGCAGGACGCUGCCGAGGACCGGGCGACCCCCAGGGGCUCUGCCCAGACCCCCGCAGCGCCCCUCGAAGGGGCCAACGUGAGCUGCAGCCCCCGGCCUGGGGCUCCGGAGGCUGCGAUGGGGGCCCGGGUCUUCUCGACGGUGACGGCCGUCUCAGUGCUGCUGCUGCUGCUGCUGUCGCUCCUGCGCCUGCUGCGCCGACGGAACUGUCUGCUGACUCCGGGAAAAGGGCCCCCAGCAUUGGGUCCUUCCCGAGGCCCUGGGAGAAGCUGGGCCGUGUGGUACCGUCGGCCUCGAGGAGUAGCCCUGCCCUGUCCCCCCGGAGACCCCCAGGCUGAGGGUCUAGCCACGACUUACCGGCCCCUUAGCGCCUCCAGCCAGAGUUCCCUGCGCUCACUCAUCUCUGCUCUCUGA